AUGCAGCGGCGCGACCGAUACAUCGCGCAGUCGCUAGGCCAGCUCACCAAAAGCGUCAAAGAUAGCCGCGUUCUGCUCGUCGGCGCUGGAGGAAUCGGCUGCGAGCUGCUGAAGAACCUUGUCUGCUGCGGAUUUGGCACCGGACUCCCUCAACCGCAGGGUCAGAAUGGCGACGGCGACGGCGACGGCGACGGUGCCGCUGCGAAGACAGCCGAGAUCGUGGUCAUUGACCUGGACACCAUUGAUCUCAGCAAUCUGAAUCGGCAAUUCCUCUUCCGCAAGCAGCACCUCAAGAAGCCCAAGGCCAUCGUCGCCAAGGAGACGGCUAGCCAGUUCAACCCAUCUGUCAAUAUCGACGCGCAACACGCUUCCAUCUUUGACAGCCAGUACAACGUCGACUUCUUCGAGGGAUUCGAUGUCGUCUUCAAUGCGCUCGACAAUCUCAAAGCACGCCAACACGUGAAUCGCAUGUGCUUGGCUGCAGAUGUCCCGCUAAUAGAGAGCGGCACGACGGGAUUCAAUGGACAGGUACAGCCGAUCAAGAAGGGCAUCACCGAAUGCUACGACUGCAAUCAGAAGCCGGUCCAGAAGUCCUUUCCGAUUUGCACAAUCCGCUCCACGCCGUCACAGCCCAUACACUGCAUAGUGUGGGCAAAGUCAUACCUUCUCCCGGAGCUGUUUGGAAUGAGCGAAGAGGAGUCGUCGGAAGUCGCUGUCACGGAGGGAGAUAAUGCGCAAGAGGUCGCCAAACUGAAAGAGGAGGCUGAAGCACUGAAGAAAGUACGGAAUCUUCUGGGCAAGGAUGAAUUCGCGCAGGAGAUCUUCAACAAGGUCUUCCACGAUGACAUUGAGCGUCUCCGGUCCAUGAGUGAGAUGUGGCAGAGCCGGACACCCCCAGAUUCGCUACGGUUCGAGUCUGUCUGCAUCGACUCGAAUCCGGCUAAGCAAGGAGAGACGCUUGCCGCUCAAGAUCAAGCAGUCUGGAGUCUACAGGACAAUCUGAAAGUGUUCUGCCACGCUGUUGAGGCCCUGACAAAGCGUGUGCAGAAUGGCGAGAAAGUCAUCGAGUUCGACAAAGACGACAAGGAUACCCUGGACUUCGUCGCGGCAGCCGCCAACCUCAGAUCUCACGUCUUUCACAUCCCUUUAAACAGCGAAUGGGACAUCAAGCAGAUGGCUGGUAAUAUCAUCCCUGCCAUCGCAACCUCGAAUGCGCUCACCGCGAGCUUGUGCGUCAUGCAGGCUUUCAAGAUUAUGCGGAGCCAGACGCCCAAGAUCAAUGCGUACGCGCAGCCGACGACUAACAACGCCGUUCCGACCAACUCAGAAACGACGAAUGGCAAGCCGGAUCCCUUAUUAGGGGGCGCCAAGAUGGUGUUUCUGAACUCCAAGAGCACGGAGCGUGUGAUCGCCAAUGAGAAUCUCUCUGCACCAAAGCCCGAUUGCCCGGUCUGCUCGCCCUUCUAUGCUAAGCUGCAGCUCAAGCAAGGCACCACGCCCACUCUUCAAUCGCUUGUCGACCUUCUCAAACAGCGCCUGAACUACGAGGACUUCUCCAUUACCGCCGACGCAGGUAUGAUCUACGAUCCGGAUUUGGAGGACAAUCUCGAGAAGCCGAUGAAGGAUUUUGGCAUUGACGGGACGAACACCGGCUUUGUCACGGUCCAAGACGACAGCAGCGAGCCCAAAGUCGACCUUGUCCUGAGCGUGAUCAGCAAAGCCAUUCCAGAAGACGACAGCGACAUGAUACUCCUCCCCGACACGAUCGAGCUACCACCGAAACCCGGCAAGAAGAUGGAAGUGAAUGGUAUCUCUAUCGGUGGCGCAGACGCAGCAGUAGAAGUAGGAGCAGGUCCAAGCUCCGCUCCCAAACGAAAGCGCUCCGCAUCGGUGGAAGAGGGAAGCGCUCCGAAGAAGGCCAAGGGCGAAGCCAAGGGUGAAGCUGCCGGCCAGGCAGUCAUCGUGGAUGAGGACGACGGCGCGAUUAUCCUUGACUGA